AUGAACUGCCCAUCCCGCACCGACGACACCCUCCCCCACGACGACUGGAACCAGAACCCCCCGUUUCUGGCGCCUGACCUCACAACCCGUCAAGAUCUCAACGGCAUCUCCAACGCCCGCGAGUUCAAGGAUGCCGGCGCGGGGGGCCCUGCCAUGCAGCACUGCCUGCACGACGCAGACGUACCGCCAACAUCCAAGUCGGAAUCCGAAGUGUCGCAGCAUAUGCAACACUGGGCGUCUCUGACCCAGUCAGGACGCCCAAACGGUCGAGCUGAACGUGCUCGAUUGUCUUAUUUUUUGCAUAAACUGAAGGGCUGGUGCUUAUGGCUGCUUUCUGUUUUGGCCACAGCCUUUCUACUUUCCGCUAGUGGUCUUGUUGACCGGUUGACCUCGACUAGCACGGUUGUUCCUUUCCAGCAAGCGAAUAUGGCUUCGGUUGGAUAUCUUGACCAGAGCCAUGCUCCGUUGAGGAGAUACUCCAAGCGGCAGUCCUGCGCCUCGGGCGGCGUCGAUAGCAGCCAGUACAACACCUCGCUGCACGUGGGAGCACUGUUCAUCAUCCUUGGAGUCUCGACUCUUGCCUGUGCUCUCCCUAUCCUGGUCAUUCGCUUCUCUCGCCUGCGCAUCCCGCCGGCGUUCCUCUUUUUUGUGCGCCAUUUUGGCACUGGAGUGCUCAUCGCUACGGCCUUUGUACACCUACUCCCCACCGCGUUUACCCUACUAGGCGACCCAUGUCUGUCGAGUUUCUGGACCACCGACUACCCUGCCAUGCCGGGGGCCAUAUCCCUAGCCGGGAUUUUCCUCGUCACCUUGAUCGAGAUGGUCUUUAGUCCGGUUCGCCAGGCCACCAGGAAAGUCUCCAAGCAAACCGAUCAAGAGUCGGCACCCACCCCCACGGAGCCUCACUCUGUAUAUAUAUCCGGCGGCAUCAGCCGAGAAGAAACCUGCGACUGCGAUCGCAGUCCUCAGAUACGCCCGAAGGGACCGCUAGUCGGGCGAGCUUCGAGUUUCAGCCGCGCAAUCCAUCGCAUUGGCGAGGAAUCCGACAGGGUCUAUCGCAUCUCGUCUGCCCCCGAAGCCAGCCCUCUCCCGCAGGUCAGCGAAGUCAGCGAAGUCAAGCGAUUCACCGACCGCCAAGGAAGCGUGGACGAGUUCCAGCUGUCAGAGAAGCAGAAGUACAACAAGGAUGUCAUGCAGGUGUUUAUGCUCGAAGUUGGGAUUCUGUUCCACAGUGUCUUCAUCGGCAUGUCCUUGAGUGUAUCCGUGGGGAAUGAGUUUGUGGUUCUUCUGAUCGCCAUUGUUUUUCAUCAAACCUUUGAAGGACUUGCGCUGGGCUCUCGCAUCGCGAGCUUGGAAUGGCCCGCUAAGGCGGCUCAGCCGUGGCUCAUGUCGCUGGCUUAUGGGUGCACGACACCCAUCGGCCAAGCCAUUGGCAUCGCAACGCAUUCCCUGUACAGUCCCGACUCGGAGGUUGGACUCCUCCUAGUGGGAACAAUGAACGCCAUUUCGGCAGGACUGCUGAUUUUCGCCUCGUUGAUCGAGCUGCUGUCGGAAGACUUUCUUAGUGACGAGAGCUGGCGAGUAUUACGCGGUCGCAGCCGAGUAAUUGCCUGCGCCCUGGUAUUCUUAGGGGCGUUCUGCAUGAGUCUGUAUAAGCAGAACGAGAUUCCGGCGAUGAAUGCGGAGUUGUGGAAGGCGAAGAAGGUGGUGGAUUCGACGCUGCAUCCUGACACCGGCGAGCCCGUCUUCCUCCCCUUCCGCAUGUCAUGCUACGUCCUCUCCAACCUGGUCGUCACGGCGGGAAUGCUCACGCCCGGUCUUCAGACAACGGGAACCCUCCUCUGGCAAAUUGCCAACCAGUCGCUCAACGUGGCCAUCAACAACGCCAACUCCAACAAGUCCACCCCCCUCUCCGUCUCGCAGAUGGCCAAGUCCUACCUCAUGGCCGUCUCCGCCUCCUGCUCCGUCGCUCUCGGUCUGAACGCCCUCGUCCCCCGUCUCAAGAACGUCUCCCCCAACACCCGCCUCAUCCUCGGCCGACUCGUCCCCUUCGCCGCCGUCUCCAGCGCCAGCGCGCUGAACGUCUUCCUCAUGCGCAGCGAGGAAAUCCGCCAGGGUAUCGAUGUCUACCCCGUCCCCGAGAAGGAGGGCGAGCCGGUCCAGAGUCUGGGCCGGAGCAAGGUGGCUGCGAAGAUAGCUGUCGGCGAGACGGCUAUUAGCCGUGUCCUGAACGCGACGCCCAUCAUGGUUGUCCCUCCGCUCAUUCUCGUCCAGCUGGAGAAGAGGAAGCUGCUCAGCCCGCGGAUGGUCCUCCCAGCCAACCUGGGUCUGGUCCUCGCCACAUCACUCUUCGCCCUCCCCCUGGCCCUCGGAGCGUUCCCCCAACGACAAGCCAUCAGCGCCGCGUCGCUGGAAGAGGAGUUCUGGAACCGCGGCGGAAAGGACGGCAAGGUUGAGUUCAACCGGGGCAUGUAA